UUCCUGCUACGAUGCAGACACAGGAAAAGGUAGCUUAUCCCACGGCACCGUGGAUCAAGCACCUGGUUUGCAUGAAAUAUGGGGUAGACAUCAAUAUUCACUAUUUGAAACACGGUCCACGAUACUGAGUGGAUGACGGAAUCAGCAACCAAUCAGCAAGGACCCCAGAUCUCAUUUGAUCGAUCAACAGCACCCCCCCACGAUCUAGACCGAGCCAUGGCGACAUGGUGAAUAAUCACACCGAGUUGCAUCCUCAUUCAUUUUACAAAAGCAAAGCGUACUUGCGCACGCGAUGCCAACCCUCAGAAGCGUUCUCUGAGAUCAACAUAUCGUGGGGGUCUCCCAUCAACAACAUGUCUGGGCGGAUGGCGACAGACCAGCAUGAUUGUUGAGAUUCACGAUGAUAUCCCCUGCGCGGUGUUGUUGUAUUAUGAUCUACCUUAUAAAUCAGCACAAAUAAACGCCGCAGAUGUCGCCAUACCGCGGGGUGCACUCCGGCUCGCCGACCGCAACGGCAAACAGCCUGUAUGAAUGGGCAACCACCAAACACGAUGCAGGCGCAGGCACAGUGCACUGCCAAGGACGCCCAAUAUGGCAGGAAACAAGACAAAUACCGACCAUCCAGCAAGCACGUUCGUCCUCGAUCCCGAAAGUAUUGAUUUUCGAGUAAUCAGAGUUGCAGCUGACGCCAUUCGUCACUCCGCAGCAACACCCAACCAUGCCACGGCCACGAUGGUGACUUAGAUGUCAACAAUAACACGAUGAUUCCUGGAUGCAGACGGCCUGUAUAAAUGCAGGUUAUCAUCCGGGUCCAUAAGCAUCCCUCAUCUGGAUCAACAGUCGAGUUCCAGGUAAGGCAGCGCAUCGCGGGUUCCUGCAUUCUGGCCACCAUCCUUCAUCUGUAUUCAUCAAUCCACCAGUAUCUUGUAGCUGUCAGUUGACGCCUUGAUACAAUAUGAAGUUCUCCCUCGGGACCGUUGCCGCGGUCGUGGGUGUUGUCAAUGCGGCUUUUCCGACGGAUAUUGUCUACUACUGGGUUGACCAGUCCGCCGUGGUAGUUAAUGCCACCGGUGGUCUUUCUUCCCCUCCCUCUGGUUGGUACACAGCCGUCGUCCAGGGUGCCGUCUACGAAGCAGCCGUGAACUCAAAGCGUGAGAGUCUCGAGUUCCAACAGCUCGCUAUCUCCCACGCCGCCCACGACGCCAUCCUCUGGGUCUACCAUGGCUCCCGCCAGUACGCCCCCGUUGACGCCGCUCUCCGCGCCGUCAUCCCCAUCAUCGGUCUCGACCCCAACUCCAGCAAGGGCAAGCAAGCCGCCAAGAUCGGCCAAGCUGCCGCCGCCAAGGUAGCAAAGGCUCGCGCCGACGACAAUCUCGUCAACUUUGUCGACUUCACCUUCGGCCCGAAGCAGCCCGGAGUCUACCAGCCCACCCCCGGCGGCGCUCCCCUCCCAGACACCCCCCAAGCCCGCUUCACCCGCCCAUUUGCCGCCCUGGGCGACAUCACCCGCUUCCGCUCCCCUCCCCCUCCCAAGACCGACUCGGCCGAAUACGAAGCCGACUUUUUGUUCGUCAAGUCCGUCGGCGCUGUCAAUUCCGCCAACCGCUCUGCCUACGAUACCGACACGGCCUACUUCUGGCGCGAGUCCUCCGUCACGGGCUGGAACCGCUUCGCCGGCGCCAUCGUCGGCUCCAAGCUCGACAAGAAACCCCUCGAGUCGGCCAAGUUCUACGCCCAGCUCAACUACGCCAUCGCCAACGCCGGCUUCGCCUCCUGGGACGUCAAGUACGCCUACCAAGGCUGGCGUCCGGUCACGGCCGUCCACUACCCUGAUGUUUGGCUCAAGUCGGGGAGGAACGAGACUGAUACCAACUGGGUUCCCCUCUUGAGACCUACUCCUUCCCACCCGGACUAUGUAUCUACCCACUCUACUUUUGGGAGCGCCGCGGCGCAUGUGAUCAAGGCGUGGAAUAAGGGGGACAGGAUCGAUGCCACGUGGAGUAGCAAUGUUACUCUAGAUAAUAGGGGUGUGAUUACAAGGCGGUACACGAGUGUGCAGUUUGCGAAUGAGGAGAACAGUAUCAGCAGGCAGUUUGGUGGUAUUCACUUCAAGUUUGCUGGCACGGAGGGUUUGAAGCUCGGUGACAAGGUUGCUGAGGCUACGCUGAAGGUGUUUGACAAGAACUGGGACAAGUUCUAAUCAUCAUGUGUGAGCAUCCAACUGAAUCAAGUGGUGUAUGGGUGAGGUAUCUCAAUUGGGAUAUCGAGGAAUGAGGUUUGCACAAACGGAUUUUCGAAGAAAAUUCAGAACGAACUCUGUUCCAUGAAUGUUAAGAUAUUGGGUUGGUAAUAGUUAAUGCAAGACGUUUCAGCCCGUACACGUGGUUGUAGUCUGAGAUCAAUGGUGUCAAAAGUAACAACCCGA